AUGCCAGUAAGGAGAAGCAUUUCUCCGCAUUAUACAAAGACAGUCCUUCUCAGACGAGGAAUUCCCUUUGAGAAGAAGUACGGGAUUAGUAGUCCUAGCUUCAAGCGUUGCUUGUUCGGGCUAGUCAUGGAGUACGAUUCGGAUGUUAUAAUUCGGGCUCCUUACACGGGCUGA